GCGAUAGAGUCUGGACCCGAAACUGCUUUCGUCCAAAAAACACCACUACGGGUCCGUGGUCCGGCGCCUCCGUGCUGUGUCGAUCCGGCCGACGAACGGCGGCCCCUCCCCUCCUGCGCAGCAGCCGGGGCCGCUACUUCUAGCCGGCCUCCUCCGGCGUACAACCCUACUCCUCUCGGGUCCAGCCCUCCGGCUCCACCCCGCCCUUCUCAUCCCGACCUAGGGUUUGUGCGACCCUGCGAGCUCCGUCCCCGCUCCACCCAGUCGCGGGCAUACCAGCCGCCUCCCCGAGCCGUUCGAGCACAGACCUCCUCGCAGAGGCACCAUUGCCGCCGCCGCCGCCGCCAAGUACGAGGCUGUUUCUAGCUAAAUCCAAGGAAUUGGUGCAAUAUCAGGUCAUGGAGGGGAGUAAGAACAUGCAAGAGUCAGACACUGCAUCUGUUGUCAAAGUACCCAGGGAGCCUGCUAUCAUUAUCAAUGGUGUCCCAGACUUGCCUCCUGAUUUUGCAUCUGGUUCACAACCUGCAGUAAGAGAUGCUCCAGGAUCUCGAGUUGAUCAUCGCUUUGGUGAAUGGCUAGAAGGGCGGAAAGUGAGAAAGCAGUUUGGAGACAAGUAUUUUGCAGGGAAAGUUGUCAAGUAUGACAGUGAAAGCAAUUGGUACAGUGUUGUCUAUGAUGAUGGAGACCAGGAAGAUCUUGAAUGGCUUGAACUGGAGGAGAUCCUGCUACCAUUGGACAUAACCAUUCCACUCAGAAAACUUGUUAUGGACAAAUUCAAACAUCAGAAUGCUGUUCCUGACUACAGACUUAAGGGGGCUAGAUCAUCGCAAGGAACUAAUGGUGCUAGCAACCAGAUGGUGGUUAGAGCAGUAAAUGGCCAACAGUCAAACAACCUACCACAACCAGGGUUGCUUCAGGCGACCCCAUCAAAUGCAGAGACUGUCAGGGCAGAAAAACUGAAGAUGCAGAUCUCCAAAAGAAAAACUGAAGAGGUAUAUCAGCCUAAAAAAAGGGGCAGGCCUCGAAAGGAUAGAACUAUAUCAGUAUCAGGUGACAUUCAACCUAAAAAAAGAGGCAGACCUCCAAAAGAAAAGAACAUAUCUGGGGAGAGUAGUGUUCAUAAGCGCAAUGCAGAGACUGUCAGGGCAGAAAAACUAAAGAGAGAAAGCUUGCGUGUUCAAGGGGCAUAACCUAACAAUCAAUCUCACUGUUACAAUACAGAUAUUUCUAAAUAUUCCAGUCUAUGUAUGCUGGUGACACUAGCUUUCAAUGUACUUUGUACAACCCAGCGUACAACAAAACUUGUAAAGCUAUAUUUACUAUUCGAUUGCUACCAUAUUUCUUUUUUCCUAUACAAGUAUAUCUGCAAACUGUUUGAAA